AUGGGUUCUUCUUAUACAAACCCCUUGCUAGGGUCUCUAGAAUACAAACUAGAUGAGCUAAACCCAAACCUAAGCUUAAGCUCUGGCGAAGCCUCAAAUUGGUCAGCAUUCGCAACAGCUCUCCCAGUGGAUAUAUGGGAUGUCAUAUUCUCCUUCAUGAGCGCCGACUCUAUGAAAAACCUUUCCGGGUGUUCCAAAUACUACCGGAACCUCGUCGCACCGGCUCUUUUUUCUCAUGUCAUUUUGGACACAGUAUCGCGAGAACUGUUUAAGACUGGGAGUUUGGCUUCAAUUCGCCCAUUUGUUAGGCACGCCACUGUCGUCGUACCAGAAGCGCCCAAGUACUUAAAUACUGUUAUUUCGCGUUUUCGGCGUAUUGCCAACCGCGAACGACGUAUUUCUGAAGAAAUAGUCGAAUUACUUCUCUCAUUCCCUGGUCUCAGGGGGGUCAACAUUCAAUUUACGAGUGACCAUAAAGAUAAUUCAUCGACCAUCUUCAUAUACCUUGCUAUGUCAGAAAUAGUCCAAGGGUUAUCGAACUCUCCAAUCCAUCGUCGAAACAUCCGAACUCUAAGAAUCAGUCAGUUCGACUUGUUCCCCCAAUCCCAGGAGGCCCUAGAAUAUCCAUAUGAGUGUAGUCGCUCUGUUGUACAAGAAACUUACAGCGGAUGCAAAUUUUGGCUUCCCGAUGAAUUCCACGAGGAACUGGAUCUGAGGGAUGAGAGCUAUAACCUUCCCAAUCUGAAGGAAUUGGCGUUCAAAAGUACCAAUUUCGUAAAUUUCUUCGAAUACUCCGAGGACUCCCACGAAAAUAUCCAUUUGAAACUCCUCCGUUCGUCAGCCCCCACGCUACGAAAGUUGACAAUGAUGGUAAAGGAUAUCUACACCGGGGAUUGUCAGGAUGAUUUGUGGGUUGGGUACCUGGACACCCUGGCGGUAAGAUAUCCCAUGUUGACAAACCUUUCGAUAUUGAUCAAGCGAUGGAUCGUUUCAAGGACCUUCGAUGUUAUCACCAAGGUGUUCCCAAAUGUUCAAUACCUCACUCUAGAUUCGGCAGGGUACAGCAGGGAUGGAAACCAGGAGCAUUUUCCAAAAUACCAUCAGCUGAAGAGACUACAGCGGUUGAAAAGACUUAGGCUUCUUCACUGGCCGUCGAGUCAAACUGAUCUAUUUAAAGGUAUCCCCAUGGAGGAAAAGCGAGGAAUGAUGGAGAUAAUAAAGGACUGGGUGAAUGGCGGACUUGAGGACCUGGAAUAUGUACAGUUUGUUAGAAGGCCAUCCGGGUAUGGACCGAUAGAACUCUUGACUACGGAUGCGCGUAACCCUUUUCGCAGCUAUCAGGACAGAUACGUCUUUUUGGUGAAGAAAGAUAAAGAGAAUGGGGAGGUUGAACUGGAAUGUAGAAUACAGUUUCCGGAUUGGUAUAGACAAGGCUGUAAAAACAAGAUUUAUAUAGAUCUUGAGGAUGUGGUUUUUGAGGAUAAGAGUAUCUGUCAGUACAAGGUGGAAUUGGAAGAGGAUGAUGCUUGA